UAAGGAAAGGCUUCAAGCUCGUCAUCCUGGACGAAGCCGACGCCAUGACCCAGGACGCUCAGAAUGCCCUGAGGCGAGUGAUCGAGAAGUUCACCGAAAACACCCGCUUUUGCCUCAUCUGCAACUACCUCUCCAAGAUCAUCCCCGCCUUGCAGUCCCGCUGCACGCGCUUCCGCUUCGGCCCCCUCACCCCGGAGCUGAUGGUGCCCCGGCUGCAGCACGUCAUACAGGAGGAGGGGGUGGAUGUGACUGAGGACGGGAUGAAGGCUCUGGUGACCCUCUCCAACGGUGACAUGCGCAGAGCCCUCAACAUCUUGCAGAGCACCACCAUGGCCUUUGGGAAGGUGACAGAGGAGAACGUCUACACCUGCACGGGACACCCCCUCAAGUCUGACAUCGCCAACAUCCUCGACUGGAUGCUGAACCAGGACUUCUCCACCGCCUAUCGCAAAAUCACGGAGCUGAAGACGCUGAAGGGCUUGGCCCUGCAGGACAUCCUCACCGAGAUCCACCUCUUUGUCCACAGAGUCGAUUUCCCACCCUCGGUCCGCAUCCAGCUGCUGAUCAAAAUGGCAGACAUCGAGUAUCGGCUGGCUGCUGGGACCAGUGAAAAGAUUCAGCUGAGCUCCCUCAUCGCGGCCUUCCAAGUCACCAGGGACCUGAUCGUGGCCGAAGCCUGAGUCCUGCCGGGUG